UUUUUAGUUAACAGGAGUAGUGGCAUGUGUCUGUGAGCAAGAUUGUGAAUUUUAUCACCAAAAGUGAUUUUCAGACACUGAACAUCAGCCCACAAUUUACAAUGUCUUCGGUAAGGAAUGGUGCAUGAACCUCUGGAGACACGAGGAGUCAAAUGUUGGUCAGAAGGACGACACACACCUGAACUCAUCAGUCAACACAGAAGAGCCAAUAAAUUUGCUGGAUGAAGAACCAGAUGUGAUUAUGAUUAACGAGGAGACGCUGAAGGAUGACGAUUGCUCUAGGAAAAGCAAAAGUAGCAGUUUAAGAGGACCUGCAAUGACCAGUGAUGAGAGAUGUGUCACCCAAAGAUCUGAUAAUUUUAUCACAUACACCAUACCUUCAGAUGACCAAGUACACCAGACACAAGCUGAAGAACAACCUCUGGAUGGAAUGAUCUCUACACAAGGAGACAGCACAACAUGGUCAGAUUUGAGCCCUGAUGUUGGAUUUAUUCCUUAUAACCUGAAUUUCAAUGAGACAGUUACACCAAAGAAGAAAUUCAAGUGUGUGUUCUGUGGGAAAACCUUUGAGUAUUUAAGCCAUAUGACAAAACACAUGCGAAAACACUCUGGAGAAAAACCUUACGUCUGUACAGUUUGUGGUAAACGGUUUGCUCAGAAAACAUAUCUCACAACUCACGAGCGCACUCAUUCUGGCGAGAGGCCGUACGCGUGCAUGGAGUGUGGAAAGAGCUUUUCUCAAAAAUCUUCUCUUAAUGUACACCUCCGAAGCCACACUGGAGAAAAGCCAUAUAGCUGCUCACACUGUGGUAAAAGCUACGCCUUCAAAAUUGCUCUUAAAUCACACCGAUGUUAGAAUAAAAACAAAUUGCUACUGAAUAUUGUCUACUUAGUUUUAGCAUGAAACUUCUGUCUAGGUCAUUAUAGAAUAUCCUUGUUCUGUUGUUAUAAAAUAAAUGUUAAAAAAUGGGAAGAAGUCAAGAGUAGA